CUCCCCAGAACGGCGUAGCUCUGGCGGUGGCGGGCAUCCUUCUUCUCCGGCGACGUCGACUUCAUUGAAAUGCCUAAUCCCAGUGGGGAUCAAGUUGGGUGCUCAUCCGCGGCGUUUUUAGGAAAUGAACAGUUACCGUUCAUGGAGCUAUUGAGCAGAGUUGAGCUUGAACCAAUCCCAGAAAAUGAAGACGAGGUUGACGAAAUGGGUUUUAUUCCCCCAAACCAGUUACCAGAAGAAUCAAUUGAAACAGAUGCUUUCUACAAUAGCUAUUCAAAUAAAAAUGAUUGUAGUUAUUCUGAAGCUGUAAGUGCUUCAAACACGUCAAGGUGUUUUUCCUCUUUCAAUCAAUCUGAUGCAGAAUCAGCCCCCCAAGAGGUUUCCUCUGCGAAAAAUGACAAUCUAUCAGAAACAAUAGAAGCUUCUGUGAGGAAAUACUGCGAAGACAAGUCCUAUGACAUGUUCAAACCAGAAAUCGGAAUGAGAUUUGAUACCUGCGAGGAUGCUUAUAAGUUUUACAAUAUGUACUCCUGGGUUCUUGGAUUCAUUAUCCGCUGUGGCGAUAACUACACGAACACAAAAAAAAAUCCGUACCAAUCAGGAAUAUAAAUGCCAACGGGAGGGUAAAGAGAAAGCUGCUAAAUUUUCCAUAGCUAGAUGCGGCUGUAAAGCGAUGAUACGGCUUGCAAUCUGCGAUGACUCCACUUGGUAUGUAAAAGCAUUCGUUGGUGAACACAACCACCAGUUGGUAGAAAGCUGUGGAGAAAAGAAACACUUGUCAUCUCACCGUCACAUUGACGGGCAUACAUAGGAUUGGAUACGUCACCUAAGGGAGAACAAUGUCAGCCUAAGUAGGGUGAAUUUGGUUUUGGGAAGUGUGUUUGGGGGAAAUGUACCCUUCAGCAAGAAGACACUCAGGACUUUUUGCUCUUCUAUUGCAUCUGAUGCCCUGAAGGACGAUGUCAAGAAAACAAUGGAGAGUUUCAGAGAAAUGAUAUCAAAUGAUCCGAGAUUUUUCUUCUCUGUCCAGCUAGAUGACAAUGACAAUUUGAAAUCUCUUAUGUGGACAAGCGGCCGUAGCAGAUCUUUAUAUCAGUAUUUUGGAGAUGCUGUUACAUUUGACACCACAUAUGAUACUAACAUAUACAAAAUGCCAUUUGGGAUGUUUGUUGGCGUGAAUAAUCACUUCCAGAGUGUAAUUUUUGCUGGAGUUUUGCUUACCAAUGAGACAAGCAUUGACUUCAAAUGGGCUUUUGAAGAAUUUAUUGCAAUGAUGGAAG